CCGUUUCUUACCUUUCUUCUCUUCUCUCCAACUAUAAAUUCGCUUCCGCUCCAACACCUCUCCAACACCACCAAAACCCUAACUUUACAUGUCUCAGAGAUCAAACGUUCCCCACUCUUCUUCCAUAGCUUGUAAUCUCCAUUCUCAUCUCUUGUUUUCCACCGAAAUCGACGAACCCUAAUUCGAUUUCAGAUUUUCGAAUUUUCCCCUCAAAUCGAAAGAAAAUCAAGAAUGGGUGCGAAAGGAUUUGUUGAAGGAGGCAUUGCUUCCAUCAUAGCUGGAUGUUCAACUCACCCACUUGACCUAAUCAAAGUCCGAAUGCAACUUCAAGGUGAAUCUAUCGUCCCAACAGCAACAUCCCAAAUCCAAGCUGCUCAUCUCCGUCCAGCUUUUGCUCUGAAUGCUUCAUCCGCCGCCGCAACAACCGCCGUACACGCUCCGUUACCACCACCACCAGCACGUGUGGGACCCAUCUCUGUCGGAAUCAAAAUCUUCCAGACUGAAGGAAUUCCAGCACUGUUCUCAGGUGUAUCAGCCACGGUACUCCGCCAAACGCUCUAUUCCACUACCAGAAUGGGUUUGUACGACAUUCUCAAGCAGAAAUGGACUGACCCGAAUUCGGGUAACAUGCCACUUCUAAGGAAAAUUUCAGCCGGACUUAUUGCUGGUGGAAUUGGAGCGGCCGUGGGGAACCCUGCAGAUGUCGCUAUGGUUCGUAUGCAAGCUGAUGGCCGACUUCCUGUGGCUCAACGCCGAAACUACAAGAGUGUGGUUGACGCGAUAACUCAAAUGUCGAAACAAGAAGGGAUUACUAGCUUAUGGAGAGGAUCAUCUUUGACAGUGAACCGAGCAAUGAUAGUAACAGCGUCGCAGUUAGCAUCGUAUGAUCAAUUUAAAGAAUUGAUAUUAGAGAAGGGUAUAAUGAAAGACGGACUUGGUACACAUAUUACAGCUAGUUUUAGUGCUGGUUUUGUUGCUGCAGUUGCAUCAAACCCAAUUGAUGUCAUUAAAACAAGGGUUAUGAAUAUGCGAGUUGAACCUGGAGUUUCCCCACCUUAUAGAGGAGCAUUAGAUUGUGCUGUGAAAACUAUUAAGGCUGAAGGACCUAUGGCUCUUUACAAGGGAUUUAUUCCUACUAUCUCCAGACAAGGUCCAUUUACUGUUGUUCUUUUUGUUACACUUGAACAAGUUCGCAAGAUUCUCAAGGAUUUUUGAGUAUUGGUGAUGCUGAUGAUGAUAUUGAUGCAUUAGAAGAAGAAUUUAGUUACUUACUGACGCAUAAUUACUAAAGAAGCAGAUGAUAAUCUUAUUUUUGGAUAAAUUUUGAAACUUUAUUUUUUGGGUCAUAGUUUUUAAUUAUUAUAUGUGUAACACCAAAUGAAGUUUUAAUGUAUUGAGAAAAGUAAAACAGAGGAUUUCUGUUGAAAGA